AUGUUCAUAAUUUAAAGAAUAAUUAAUAAGGAAUUCAUAUUUAAUAAAGUUAAAAAAGAUUUGAUUAUUUAAUUUAUUUAUUAUUUAAAGGCCAGAGAUCCAUAUCUGGUCACAAAAAUAGAGUAAUUUAUAUUUUUAUUUAAGCCAAACUCUAGUGGAGCAUGAGAAAGCAUUAGCCAUCGAUCCACAAAUAAAAUUUUGUAAAGAGUUUUCAAAACUAGAAAAUGCUUCUUGGGAGAUUGUUUAAAAGCUCUGAGUGUAAAAUCUUAAAUACUCAUCAAUUCAUUAUACAAGUAUUUCGAUAUUUUAUUAUAAAGCU